UCAGCGGGAGGAGGUGGAGGGGGAUCCGAUAUCAAGAGGUCAUAGCCAGCAGAGCAACCAUCGCCAAAAAAAAAAAAAAAGAUAUGAGUACAGGUCCCAGCACAAAUCACGACACGGUCGGGUCGCUGUUGGCCAGCAUUGCGACCUACUUGAGCGACUCACUUCGCGCACUCAGAUUUGCCGACAAGCGCCACUGGGGCCCUGACGAGUUUGAACAGAUUCGCGCCCUUGAAGAAGCGUUGGAUGAUGCAAAGACAGAUUUUCAGGAACUGGGCCGCUUGGUCAAUGGGCAGUUUUACUAUGAAGGAGACAGGACUCCCGAGUCCCUCAACGAACUGCGCGCCCUCCUGGUCAAAUAUGAAUUCCACGCUCGCAACUACAAAGACUGGAUUCGGCAAGGUGGGCCCAUCAACCCAACUUGGCUCAGCGAGACCAAGGAACUCCAACUAGAGCUUCACCGCACGCAAUGCCGUGCCUCUCGGCGCAUAUUCGCGGCCGAGCAGGAAGGGACGUGGACACGGUGUCUGGGCGCCUACCAGGUGUAUCGCCAGCAGCGAAGAAACGAGGAAGCUGAGCGGAUACGGAAGCAGAAGGAGGAAGAGAAACGGGAAAAGGAGACUAGGGAAGGGGGAAGCAAGCAGAGGGGCCUCGAAAGUAUACCGCCGUGGCAACGACAUGAGUAUCAAGAACAGCAGCAGCCGCCACAACAACAGCAAAACGGUAAAGGGCCAACGGACGAGGCAUUACGGCCGGCGUUGAGAAGGGGGAGGAGGUUAAGCCUUGAGGAUCUGGUUCCAUGUUGCAACACGGUUGGGAGGUUCGAGAGGUUUGGGGAGCACGACGUGGCCUUUGUAUGCGACUUUUGCGACGGGUUCAUCGUCUGGCCGGAUCUACAGAGGAUGCCAUCUACGAGGGCGGCGUUGGAUAAGACGAAUGGAGGGAGUGCAAGUACGACAGCAAGUAUCCCGACGUCAACGACGAUAGCGAGAAACUCUCCAAGAAAGCUCAUACUACCGACCAUAGUGACGGCCUCAUAUCCAGCAGCAAUUCUGCCAUCGUCAACCAUCACCACCACCACCACCACCACCACAGCAACAACAAAAGAAGCACAGACAGAGACAACAACGACAACAGAAAACACAUAUCCCCACUGGCAAGCCCAAGGCGUAAGCGCCAAAACAGGCGAAGCUAAAACGGUCGUUUUCGCGCCCAUAGCAAUUGCGAACCACAUUGCCCCCGUCCCCGGCGAUUGGCUGGCGAGGAUAUGGUGUCCCUACUGCGACGAAUACACGUACGUGGACCAGGGUGAGGACAGCGAGGACGAGGUCAAGUGGGCACAGGACGAGAGGGGGUUCGAGGACCUGGCCAGCUUCCAGGAGCAUCUGGAGUGGUAUCAUACGGCGUUGCCGGUGCCGAGUAUACCGGCGUUAUUGCCAAAGGCGGCGGGGAGUUGUUUGGUUAUGUGAUUGCGGCUUGUGGGUGCGUGUGCGGGUGGUUCAAGCUUGGGCUUAGUGUCCAGGGUGUCGGUUUCUGUUCUGGAUUGAGAACAAAAAAGUUGAAAAAAAAAAUUAGCGGUUUGGAAUUGGAGUUUGGGGGGGGAAGGGCUUCUACUUCAAGUAGGGAAACAGACCGAUAGGCUAUCUCAGAUGAAGAUUUUGUAUCAACGCUUGACAGAAACAGCGCGUUGAGCAGAAGAGAUGCCGGUCUGGAACGAACCAGGAGAUACGCAUGAUUGAGCAUCGGUGACAAUGUGGUACAGUCGUCCAUAGAGACCUUGU